AAUAAAAAAAUUAAGUUAGGGCAGGUUUCAGACGACACAAUCUGGUUCGACACUCCACAGGGCGCGGCCUCCGCUAUCGCCUCAGGUGACUAGGGUGUAGAAUCGGAACAUUGGAAUUAUGAAUGCAUGGUGGGUUUGGCACGCCCCACUCGCCCAACAUCCUUUUUCUGACUUAUGAGUUUAACCUCCGAACAUGGCUUCUGCUCAUGUUUCUUCUCAACCACCAGAAUUUCCAGAAAUCUCUUCUAAACCACCACCAGAAAAGAAACAGAAAACCGAUAAGCCUGUUGAUGGUGAGAAAAAAGGGUAUGAUCCUGAACUUGGUGAUGAAUCUGACGAUGAAUCUAAUGAUGAUUCCGAUGACGAUAGCGGGGGGAAUUGCUAUUGCGGGGGGGAAUGCUAUUGCGAUCCAGAUGAUCCUCUUACGCAAAAAAUGAUGUCCGGGGACAUGGACUCUGAUGAUGAGCGGGAGUUCGCGCUUAUGCUCUCUAAUGCAAACAUUACUUUAAAGAUACCAGAAGUCCCUGCACAGAGAGAGACCAUUCAAGAGACUGAUUCAGACGAUGAAGAGAAGAUGGAUGAAUUGUUUUGGCAAUACCGAAAACAAGCUGAGGACAGCAAUGGCUUUGAUGUGGAUAACUAUCCGCUUUUACGUUCUUAUUUGGGUUUAAUUAGCCCAAUUUCCUGGCCCAACGAGAGCGAAGGCCUACCAAAGCUUAUCAAAAAGCUUUCAAAAAAAGCAAUUCGGCAGUACAAUAGAGAUUAUAAGGUAAAUUAUGACUUUGUGAAGGUUCAGAAGGCAAAUCAACAGGUUGCUGCUGGUUUUAUCUAUUAUAUUACUUUUGAGGCCAAGGAUGCUAAUGAUGGUGGGUCUAAAAUCUUUCAAGCUGAGGUGUUCGAUGGAAUUAAGAAGACUGAGGUUGUGUCCUGUAGGCCUAAACCUCCUACAUAAUUCAUUAAGUUGCAGGUUUUUUCAGUGUGGAUGGCAGAUUGCUCUAGUUUCAUACAUUCAGAGUUCAAUCGGAAGCAAGAAUUGUUCCCCUCUACAUUUUUUUAAGUGAUAUCACAGUUGUUUUAUUAGAGAAGUUAUUUGAGGUGGUCUCCAAUUAAUCAAAGGGUGCAGGAAGGAAUAGUUAGUUACCAAGCUUAUAGCCAUAAUCAAAUAUUAUAUGUAAUCUCUAUUUUCACUGAAUUAAUGUUCUCUACAGUUAGACGAUCACAGCUGCACCAGAUUUGUCAUUUGAUUUUUUAUUUUAUUUUAUUUUUCAAUAGAAUAUAUAGAUCGAUUAAAAAUGAGAGAUGUGCUCUGGUUCGUUUCA